AUGCAAGCAUCCCCCUCCAAAGCUCGCGCCCAAGCCCUCGCGUCGCACUCCUGGUCCCUCGUCCACACGUGGCUCGCGAGGCUCUAUCACCCGUGCCCCGUGCCGGCGUUUGAACGCAGUGCCACAACGCUCCGGGCCUUGCAGGGUCUCAUGGCCGAGAACAUCGCCGCGGAUCGCGUCAGAGAACUCCUGUUCGAGGCGAAGGCUGAGGAGUUGGCGACUGGAGAGAAGGAAGAAGACGACGCGGCAGUGACGAACGACGGGGGAACGAAGGGUCAUCAUCACGCAGCAGCACAUGCAAUUCUCUCCCUCCUCGAGGCGUCACUGGCGCCGUCGGCACAGACAGCACUCGACUCGCUUGCCAGCUCGGUCGUCCUUCUGGGCGGUGUCUCUUCGUCGACAAACUCCAAAGAUACCCGUGUCGUUUCAAACCUCACCUCUCAAAUCGUCACCAUCCCCCACCAAACCUUCGCCCAGGAAUCCCAACUCGUCGCCAUCGACACGCUUACAGCUACGCUCCGUCGGCAGAUCACCGAGACGCAAAAGGCUCUCGCCGAGUUUGUUGGGAAGACUCCGUCCCCGACUCGUUCGCAGGACGAUCCAUCCUCGCCCACCACGCCGCCAUCACUACCACCGACAAGCUCGACAACUCCAAAUACAGCUGCAGCUACAGCUAUGACUACGGACUACUCGCACCUCCACAACCUAACGCUGCAGCACCAGCGUGAGACGAAACAACUGACGCUCAAAUCGGCCGAGUACAAGUCGCGGAUCGACGCGCUCGAGCGGCAGCUCUCGUCAUCAUCACGCACGGCCACGGCCGAGCCCGCCCUCUUCGCCACGAGGCAGCAGGAGUCUCUCGACACCAAGAAGAGGCAAGUCGAGGCUCUGGAGAGCCGCAUCCGGCAGUUCCACGGCCUGCCGCCCGACGUCGACACGUCGCGCGCUGAGGUGCGCCGGGCGGAGGGCGAAUUGGACCUACUGAGGAGGCGGCGGGAUGCGCUGUUCGAGGCCUUGUAG